AUUAUGUAAUCAGAGUAAGUGGUUAAAUAGGAGAUAAGAGCACAAAACAGAUAAUGUAAACUAGUUUCAAUCUGAAUAUAUAGUCAUUACAUAUCCAAAACAACUAAAAUGAAUUAGUUCCUGGACUUCUCAUCUACCUAUUAAUGUUUACAUAGUCAGAUGCAUCUUCCUUUGAUUAUCCUGAUGGAACAUCAUUUGGACGUCUAGGGAAAUUAAGACAAUGCUGGUUGGUGGCCAUUUUAAUGACAAGAACUACUGAAAAAGAAAGGUCGGUGGAGGAGGGAAAUGUCAUCAAGGAUUGGAACGGCGGAUUGAAAACCCCAAACUUCACCCAUUUCUCUUGCCCCAUCUGAGACCAGUGUCGAAUUUGAUCCUCUAGAGAACCAGAAUGUUAAGGCCCCAACAUUGCUGCUACUCAGAAUACUUCCUUCUGCUGCUGGCCUGAAAGCAUCUGAAACAAAAAGCUGGCUCUAGGAUAAAGCUGCUGACCUAGGAACCAAAGGCCAAUCAGAACAAGUCAAUAAGGCAUCAUGAUCCACCUAGAUUCCAUUCCGACAGCCAGCCCAGCUCAGGGUGCUGAGACCUAUGAGGCCAAGUGUGAGCGUCGACAAGAGAUCCGAGAGAGCCGCCGCCACCGACCCAACAUGACUACGUGCCGCCAGGUGGAGCGGACCAAAAGGAGACCUCCCAGUCAUCAGACCCAGAGCCCCCGUCAACAGCAAUUUCUGAAGAGAAGGAACUUGGAGGUAGAAGAAAGGAAGGUGAAAAGCUCAUCAUCUGAGACCUCAGAGCUCUUAAGAAAGGAAGGCCAGGAAAGUAACCUAAAGGUAUCCAAACUCUACAGCAGCAUGAAGUCAUCCUCUGGACAACAGGAAUUUGAGACCAGCACCACGUUUUUUUCAAUCCAACACCAUCCUCUCCCAGGAGACCACAGGGAUCCAUCUGAUCAUCCUUCCACUUGUGAAGACUUGCCAGUGGAGGUUAUAGUCAAAAAGCCACUCACACUCCAUCAAGGUACACAGACAGAAUCAUUAGGAGAACAACUGACAAUUAAAAAUGAUGCUAGCCAGCAAACCAAUUGCGGAAUUGCAGUCCUAGAUAAGGAUAUUAUCCAACUUUCUGACUACCUCAAAGAAGCCCUGCAGAGAGAGCUGGUUCUGAAGCAGAAGAUGAUGGUUCUCCAAGAGCUUCUGGCUACACUCCUUCAAACUUCUGACAGGUCUUGGAAGGGACAGCUGAAUGAGGACAGGCUGAAGAGCAAACUGAGAUCCCUGGAAAACCAGCUGUAUGCCUCUACCCAGAAAUACUCCAUAGAAGGUGCAAGAAAGGUCCUCCUGGAAAUGGAGGACCAGAAGCAGAAUUAUGAGCAAAAGGCAAAGGAGACCCUUCAGAAAUUAUUGGAAGAGAAAACAGCUGUGGAGCAGCAGCUAGAGAGCACUCAGAGGUCCCUGGCCACGGCAGAGCUAAAGUGUGAGCAGUGGAGGGAACAGUAUGAGACUCUGAAGGAAGACUGGAGAGACCUGGGGGCCAAGCACAGCGAAUUGGAAAGUCAGCUCUAUGUUCUACAGUCCAAAUUGCAGGGAGCAGACAGUCGAGAUUUACAGCUAAACCAGGCAUUACAUCUUCUGGAACGUGAACACCAGGACCUCCAGACCCAGAUUGACCGCCUGCAGGAAGAAAGAGAAAUGGACUGUUCCAAUGUCAAUGACCUACAAGGCCAACUACAAAGGUCCGAAGAAGAGAAACUUGCCCUGAAGGCUACAGUCCAGCACUUGCAGAGUCUUCUCCAGAGCCAGUCUGAAGAGUCUCCCACCCAAGAGGAAUUUAUGCCAGAGAAAGGUCAGACUGAUCCUACACGGAGUUCAACCCCCACCCAUCUGGAAGAGAAAUCCGAGGGUUCAGGGGAGGAGAGAGAAAAGGAACUCGGGGAGCAGCUGCAAGAGAGGACUUUGCAGCUCCAAGAAAAAGAGAAGGAGUGUGAAGAAUUACAUUUGGAGCUGGACAGCAUGAUUGACGAGUACCUCUCCUGCCUCAACAAGCUGCAGCAGUGCCGGGAAGAGCUGAACCGUGGCCAAAUGCCACCCCACAGGAGACAAUAUGGCCUGUGCUUCCCUGUGCUGAUAGUAGUGAUUGCCACAGCAUUAGCAGCAUUUCUGGCCAACAUAGAUACCCGGGUGGUCUGAAUGCCCUGAAACAUCUGGAAAGGAGAAAUGCCUUGAGAGGAGAGUCAGUGAAAUGACAGAAGAUUCAAAGAGUUUUUUGUUUUGUUCCUUUUCAUGCUUCUGGGGGGAGAGCCUGGCCCAUUAUGGGGACUAAUUAAAGAAUAAACCAAUAAAAUCUACCAGAUUGUAUACUA